UUCAAUGUCGCCUGGCCUAUAGGCAGACCUGCACCGUACCUCCUUGGAUUUGGCUGCCAACUUUGCAUACUUGCAUACUUGCAAGCUGCGCCCCCAUGCCGAGCAUGAGGGAACCACGGGCGAUGAUGUGCGGCCGGUGCGGCGCGUACCUGACGGCGCCGCCGGGCGCGCGCUCCGUGUGCUGCGCACUAUGCGACGCCGUGACGCGUGUCCAGCGCCGGACAAGCGGCCUUGAAGAAUUCCUCAAGGGCUUGAUCUACUCCCUGAUGUUCCCACCUCAGGCGCCGCCGUCGUCGUCUGGGGACUGGCUGCCGGCCAGCUACCCGCGCGAGCCCCCCGGCAGGAAGCGGGCGCUCCUCGUCGGCAUCUCUUACAGCAAUACUAAGUACGAGCUCAAGGGGAGCGUCAACGACGUCAACACCAUGAGCUACCUGCUCCGCAAGAGGUUCGGCUUCAUCAGCGACAACAUCCUCCGCCUGACAGCGGAGGAGGGGGACCCGAACCUCAUGCCGACGAUGAAAAACAUCCGGCUGGGGAUGCGGUGGCUGGUGCAGGGCUGCAACACGGGUGACGCCAUGUCCCUGGUGGUUCAUUUCUCUGGCCGCGGCUUGGACAAGGCGCUGUGCCCGCUCGACUUUGAGGCCAGCGGCGUGAUACCGGACUACGAGAUCAACGAGACAAUCGUACGGCCACUCGGCCCGGGCGUCAAGCUCCACACCUUGGUGGACAUCGAUAACAGCGACACCGUCGUGCUUGACCUCCCCUACCGCUGCCGCAUACUAUCAAGAUUCGGGCAGUGGAAAUGGGAAAACCAUCAAGCGGAGACGCCCAAGGGUACCAAUGGAGGACUCGCGAUAUCUAUCAGCGGCUGCAGAGACAGCCAAAACACGCGCACAACUUCAGCCUCUCCCCCCGUAGUUGGCGGCGCCAUGACUUACAACUUCAUCAGAGCGUUGGAGUCUGAGCCAAGCACCACCUACGGUCGCCUCAUCAACGCGAUACGGGCUGAGAUGAGCCCGGAGCCCCAGCUACGCGCAUCGGAAGAGUUUGACAUCUACCGGAAGCCGUUUCUCCUGUAGAAGACUUACUGUUACCGGAUCAGGACGUGUGGCGCGCGGCACUCAACACCACCACCAUAUAUAUCUUACUCCCUCCCAUAAAAGUUGUCCUAACUUUAUUUCAAUUACCACAGUGAUCCUCGCAUAUGCGAGAAAAUUGGCAUGGACAUUUUGUUGGAUACGUGCCUAGAGACAAAUAAAUAAAGAUGUUUUUUAUUGUCAUAUCUUUUUUUUUGUUCAUAAUAAGUUUUAUGACAUGCUAUACCACAGAUCUUCAACCAGUUAACACCAUUACUGGCCAGAUAACGGCGUCUGCUAUGUGUAAGUUUGCAUACGUCAGCAGACAACGGUAUUCCAAAACUCUUUUACCAAGGUCCGAUUUUUCGUCACUAAAGGCGCCUCAAACGCUACAGGAUAAAAAAAAAAUCCAUGGUUAGUCCUUAGGCGACGCGAUAUGCACCACAGAACCCGUUUCACCGGCUUAGACUGAUACGUCCAAAUUGCAUCACUAUUCUAUAUCAUAAUUUGCUGUUAUUCAUUGAUAUAUUUCAUAUUUAGAGAUGAUACUUAUGUUAUUUCAUCUAUUUUGCAUGUUUGAUGAUUAUUGGAGACUUAACUGUCGGAGUCAGAAUUCUGCUGGAAAAAGGACCGUCAAGACACCAUAUUUCUGAUGAUCAGCAAUUCCCAGAAAAUAUCCUGAAAAUCCUAUUUUUCCAGAUGACGGAGGAUGCCAGAAGGGGAGCCUGAGGUGGGCCAGGAGGGGCCCACACCACCCCUAGGCGCGGGCCACCCCCUGGCCGUGCCUAGGCAUGGUGUGGUGGCCCUGGCCCACUCCUGACACCGUCGCGUAUUUCAUCCCCCGAGAACCCUAAACAGAGGGGGAGCGAAGAGAGAAAUAUUCCGCCGCCGCUACGAGGCAGAAAACCACAGAGAGAGAAAAGCUCUCCGGCAGGCAGAAAUCUGCCGGGGAAACUCCUUCCCGGAGGGGGGAAAUCAUCGCCAUCGCCACCGUCAUCGAGUUGGACUUCAUCGGGAUGAUCAUCAUCAUCAUCUCCACCACCAGCACCAUCAUCACCGUCGUCUCCACUCCGUCCCGCUGUAAUAUUUUGAGUUUGAUACUUGUCUAGUUCAUAGGGGAAACUUUCCCAGUGUUGAUUACUCCUUGUAGUUGAUGCUAUUGAGUGAAACCGUUGAAUUAAGGUAUAUGUCCAGAUUGUUAUUCAUCAUUAUAUCACCUCUGAUUAUGAUU